AUGCAACACAACAUCCUCACCUCGAUCCGUAGUACGAAAAUCACGGAUGGUUGUAAAGGAACUCACGUCUACGCUCUUAACUCCUCCGCCGGCGCCGAUUCUCCCAACACCGGCGGCGGUGGAGAAACCAUCGGAGAUAAACUCUUUCAUCAUUUACUAGACCGGUCUAAACAAUCCGGUCGGUUCAAACCGGUUGGAACAAAAACGGCGACUCCCAACGUCGUUUUGGAGGGUCUACUCCCUUGUGGCCUUCCCUCUUCGGAGGCUCUAGAGCCUUCGAUUGAGCCUUGCUUGAAGCCUGUUGAUUUGGUUGAAACGCUUGCUGGUGUGUAUCGCCGGAUCGAGAGUUGCGGGGAGGUUGAUAAAUCGGAGGCGUUUUUGGAGCAGUGCUCGGUGUUCAAGGGGUUACCGGAUGUUAAAUUGUUCCGGCGGUGUCUCCGGUCGGCGAGGCGGCAUGCUGUGGAUGUGCAUUCAAAGGUUGUGUUGGCCUCGUGGUUGAGGUAUGAGAGGAGAGAGGAUGAACUUGUUGGAUCUUCAGCGAUGGAUUGUUGUGGAAGAAACCUUGAAUGCCCUAAGGCUAGUUUGGUUACAGGGUAUGAUCCUGAAUCUGGUUUUGAUCGUUGUUUGUGUUAUCGUAAAGAUGUUAUUAUUGUUGAUAAUGAUGAUGGGGAAUGUGAAUGUGAAUGCUCAACUUCUUAUGGAGAUGAAGAUGAUGGUAGUGGUGAUGGUGAUUAUCAUGAUAUGUAUUUUUGUAUAGGUGAUAGUGAUAUUAAGUGUAAUAGAUACGCAAUGGCCUCACUUUCGAGGCCUUUUAUGGCAAUGUUGUAUGGUGGAUAUGUUGAGUCUAGGAGGGAGAGGAUAAAUUUCUCUCUGAAUAGUGUUAAUGUUGAGGUGAUGAUGGCUGUUGAGGUUUUUAGUAGAACCAAGAUGUUGAGUCAGUUUCCGAAUAAUGUUGUCCUAGAGAUGCUUUCUUUUGCGAAUAGGUUUUGUUGCAUGGAGAUGAAGUCUGCUUGUGAUGCUCAUUUGGCUUCUUUGGUAUUCGACUUGGAUGAUGCAUUGUUGUUGAUUGAGUAUGGACUGGAAGAGAAUGCAUAUCUGCUAGUGGCAGCUUGUUUGCAGGUGUUUCUCAGAGAGCUUCCUAGUUCGAUGCACCGUUUGAGUGUUAUGAAAUUGUUCUGUAGUGUAGAGGGUAGGGAUAGGUUGGCCUCGAUAGGGCAUGUGUCCUUUUCGUUGUAUUGUUUUUUGAGUCAGGUUGCGAUGGAAGAGGAUGUUAAAUCUACCACGUAUGUGAUGCUCUUAGAGAGGUUAGGAGAAUGUGCGGCAAGUGGUUGGCAGAAGCAACUUGCUUAUCACCAAUUAGGUGUUGUGAUGCUUGAGAGAAAAGAAUACAAAGAUGCACAACAUUGGUUUGAGGCUGCUCUUAAGGAAGGACAUAUUUAUUCUUCAGUGGGUGUUGCAAGAGCGCAAUAUAAACGAGGGCACACAUAUGCUGCAUACAAAAUGAUAAACUCCCUUAUUUCUGAUCAUAAACCUGUUGGUUGGAUGUAUCAGGAAAGGUCUUUGUAUUGCAUUGGGAAGGAAAAGAGUAUGGACUUGGUCUCCGCAACUGAAUUAGAUCCAACUCUUUCUUUUCCAUACAAACACCGGGCCGUUUUUAUGGUGGAGGAGAAUAACAUUGGAGGUGCCAUUUCUGAAAUCAAUAAAAUAAUUGGUUUCAAGAUUUCUCCUGACUGCCUUGAAUUGAGAGCUUGGUUCUUGAUUGCCAUGAAGGAUUAUGAAGGAGCUCUCAGGGAUGUCAGAGCAAUUUUGACAUUGGAUCCAAAUUAUAUGAUGUUCCAUGGGAAUAUGCAAGGCACUCGCUUGGUAGAACUCCUCCGCCCUGUUGCCCAGCAGUGGAAUCAGGCUGAUUGUUGGAUGCAAUUGUAUGACAGAUGGUCUUCCGUUGAUGAUAUUGGUUCUUUGGCUGUUGUACACCAGAUGUUAGAAAACAAUCCAGGGAAAAGUGUUUUACGCUUUCGGCAAUCUCUACUUCUGUUACGGUUAAAUUCUCAAAAGGCGGCAAUGCGUAGUUUGCGUCUGGCUAGAAAUCAUUCUUCUUCAGCACAUGAAAGACUUGUGUAUGAAGGAUGGAUAUUGUAUGACACUGGUCACCGUGAAGAAGCUAUAGCAAAGGCCGAGGAAUCAAUUUCUGUUCAAAGGUCAUUUGAAGCUUUCUUUCUCAAAGCUUAUGCAUUAGCUGACUCAUGUCUUGAUUCCAAGUCUUCAAAGAGUGUGAUUGAUCUCUUGGAGGAAGCUCUUAAAUGCCCUUCAGAUGGUCUUCGGAAAGGACAAGCUCUAAAUAAUUUAGGGAGUAUAUAUGUAGACUGCGAUAAGCUAGAACUUGCUGCUGACUGCUACAAGCAUGCGCUUAACAUCAAGCAUACACGAGCACAUCAGGGGUUGGCACGUGUAUAUCAUCUUCAAAAUCAGCACAAAGCGGCAUAUGAUGAGAUGACAAAACUAAUAGAAAAGGCCCUGAAUAAUGCAUCAGCUUAUGAGAAACGUUCAGAAUAUUGCGACCGUGACAUGGCAAAGAGUGAUCUUAGUUUGGCAACACAGUUGGAUCCUCUAAGGACAUAUCCCUACAGAUAUAGGGCGGCAGUCUUAAUGGACGAUCAUAAGGAAGCUGAAGCAAUAGUAGAGCUUUCAAGGGCCAUCAACUUUAAGCCAGAACUGCAACUGUUACAUCUUCGAGCGGCAUUUUAUGAUUCAAUGGGUGAUUUUGUUUCUACUGUCCGAGACUGUGAAGCUGCCCUUUGUCUCGAUCCUAGCCAUGCCGAGAUGUUAGAGCUUUGUAAUAAAGCCCGGGAGCAAAUUAAGGAAAGAAAGUGA